GCUCCGGCUCGGGCUGCGCGCCGCGGGGCCGCCAGUUUGCGCGCAGGACCCCGGCGACCGCGCGGCCAUGGGCGCACCGCGGGACAUCGGCACCUUCGUGGUGUGGGACUACGUAGUGUUCGCUGGGAUGCUGCUCAUCUCGGCCGUCAUCGGCAUCUACUACGCCUUCGCGGGGGGCGGCCAGCAGACUUCCAAGGACUUCUUGAUGGGCGGCCGCAGGAUGACCGCCGUGCCCGUGGCCUUGUCCCUCACCGCAAGCUUCAUGUCUGCCGUCACCGUCCUGGGCACCCCGUCCGAGGUCUACCGCUUUGGGGCCAUAUUCAGCAUCUUCGCCAUCACUUACUUCCUCGUGGUGGUCCUCAGCGCGGAGGUCUUCCUCCCCGUGUUCUACAAACUGGGCAUUACCAGCACCUACGAGUAUUUAGAACUUCGAUUUAACAAAUGCGUUCGUCUCUGUGGAACAAUCAUCUUCAUUGUUCAAACAAUUCUAUACACUGGAAUUGUUAUUUAUGCCCCUGCACUGGCUUUGAAUCAAGUCACAGGGUUUGAUCUGUGGGGUGUGGUAGUGGCUACUGGUGUUGUCUGCACAUUCUACUGCACUAUGGGUGGUCUUAAAGCAGUUAUCUGGACGGAUGUUUUUCAAGUUGGAAUCAUGGUGGCUGGCUUUACAUCUGUGAUUAUAAAGGCUGCAUUGGUUCAAGGUGGAAUCAGCACUAUUAUAAAUGAUGCCGCCAAUGGAGGAAGAUUAAACUUCUGGAACUUUAAUCCUAACCCUUUGCAAAGACACACAUUCUGGACGAUUAUUAUAGGAGGGACCUUCACGUGGACCAGCAUCUAUGGUGUGAACCAAUCCCAAGUGCAGAGAUAUAUUUCCUGUAAAAGCAGGUUCCAGGCAAAAUUGUCUCUCUACAUCAACCUCCUGGGACUCUGGGUGAUCCUCGUCUGCUCGGUGCUUUGCGGGCUUGCCCUCUAUUCCAGGUACCAUGACUGUGAUCCCUGGACCGCCAAGAAAGUGUCUGCACCGGACCAGCUCAUGCCUUAUUUGGUACUGGACAUUCUGCAAGAUUAUCCAGGACUUCCUGGACUUUUUGUGGCCUGCGCUUACAGUGGAACAUUAAGCACGGUGUCCUCCAGUAUCAACGCCUUAGCCGCAGUGACCAUGGAAGACCUAGUGAAACCUCGCUUCCCAUCUCUCUCGGAAAAGUCUCUCUCUUGGGUUUCGCAAGGAAUGAGUGUGCUGUUUGGAGCCCUGUGUAUUGGCAUGGCUGCACUGGCUUCACUAAUGGGAGCUUUGCUGCAGGCAGCACUCAGCAUAUUUGGCAUGCUUGGUGGGCCACUAAUGGGCUUGUUUGCUUUGGGGAUUUUGGUUCCCUUUGCCAACUCAAUUGGAGCACUUGGGGGUCUGCUCUCUGGAUUUGCCACUUCUUUGUGGGUCGGAAUUGGAGCUCAGCUUUAUCCCCCACUUCCUGAGAGAAUGAUGCCAUUAAGACUUGAAACCUAUGGCUGUAACAGCACAUACAAUGGAACAAAUUGGAUGACAACCACAGAAAUGCCAUUUUCUACCAGUGCUUCUCAAGUACACAACAUUGAAAGGACUCCGCUGAUGGAUAACUGGUAUUCCUUAUCAUAUCUAUACUUCAGCACUGUUGGAACUUUGGUAACGUUGUUUGUGGGAAUGCUUCUCAGUGUAUCAACAGGAGGAAGAAAACAAAACAUAGACUGCAGAUUCCUACUAACCAAAGAGGACUUUUUAUCUAAUUUUGACAUUUUUAAGAAAAAGAAGCGAGUUUUAAGCUAUAAAUCUCAUCCAGUAGAAGAUGGUGGAACUGAUAAUCCUGCCUUCAACCAUAUUGAAUUGAAUGGCACAGAUCAAAGCAGCAAGAUCAAUGGAACUCGUUUGUGAAGCAGCUGUGACGCUAAAUGAUCUUAAGCAGUGUCCCAGUUUUAUGUCUUCUAAAAUACUUGAAUCAGGUUUUAGAUUUUUUUUUUUUUUGGUCUAUAAUGAGUACUUUGGAGGGAACUUCAGGGAUCAUUUUGUUUAAGCAAAGCCCUGACUUUUCUUUUUUUUAACUUUCUACACUCAUUAAUUGAUGCAACUCUGGAGGUAAAAGUUUCAGCAUCAGCAUUUCCCUCUCUCUUUUAUUUCAGUGAAGCUGUAGUUGUGAAAGUUGUGACUACAUAUGUGCUGAAAAGCUAAUACAUACAUAUAACAUGUGCUUGAUGGUUAAAAUAAUAUUCUUAAAUUAGGGCAUUGUUAAAAAUAUUUCCCAUGCAUUUGGUGCUGGCAUGUUUUAGAGUUUGCUGAAAUUAUAAUUGAUAUUAAAAAAGACCUUUCUUCCUCCUAUCACACUCUGUUUUUAGGGAGCAAUGAAAUAGCGGGUCUAUGCUAUCUAAAUCUUUGCUUCUCAUCAACCCCUAUCAGCCCAGGGUACAUAUUAAUCUUGGAAUUGAUUCAUGCUCAGGAGGGCGGUAAUCAAGAAGCAUCCUGUUUGGGACAGAACAUGGGCCCAAUAACCAAGGUCUUCUUGAUACUACACAUCUAUUCUUAGGCCUUUUUGAUUGUUCUCUAUAGUUCCUGGCCACUGGUUGCUUCUAUUGCCUUUCUUAGUCUCUGGUUCUUAUCUGGAUUCCAAUUUUCUGACCCAUCAACUGGUUUUGUUGUGCGUUUCAUGCUUGCUCACCUUCCUAUUCAUAAUUUCCCAUUCACUCUAUUGCCUUGUGCUUGCAUAUAUCUUAAGACAUCCAGUGUGAAUCCUGUUACCCCAGAUCCUGGUUCACUGCAACCCAGCCUAUAAAUAUAAACUCCCUCCCAUAAGCCUUAUACUGACCAAAGUACCGUCAAUUAGGUACUUACAGAUUCAGUGGUCCAAGAACAUACACAGAAUUAAAAAUGGUUAAGCUCCAUGGAAUUAGAAGAUUCCAUUGAAUACUAUUAAGCUGCAUUUUUGAAAGUCAACCAAUCUGCAAUCAUUUACAUUUAAAGGUACAUACACUUAGACAUGGGUUGCCACCUGGCUCAGUGGUAAAGAAUCUAUCGGCAGUGCAGGCGAUGCGGGUUUGAUGCCUGAGUCUGAAAGAUUCCCAGGAGAAGGAAAUGGCAACACACUGUAGUAUUCUUGCCUGGAGAACCCCAUGGACUUGAGGAGCCUGACGGACUAGAGUCCAGUCCAGUUCAGUCAUUCAGUCUUGUCCGACUCUUUGUGACCUCAUGGACUGCAGCCCGCCAGGCCUCCCUGUCCAUCACCAGCUCCUGGGGUUUACUCAAACUCAUGUCCAUUGAGUCGGUGGUGCCAUCCAACCAUCUCAUCCUCUGUCGUCCCCUUCUCCUCCUGCCUUCAAUCUUUCCCAGCAUUGGGUCUUUUCAAAUGAGUCAGCUCUUUGCAUCAGGUGGCCAAAGUAUUGGAGUUUCAGCUUCAGCACCAGUCCUUCCAAUGAAUAUUCAGGACUGAUUUCCUUUAGGAUGGACUGGUUGGAUCUCCUUGUUGUCCCGGGGACUCUCAAGAGUCUUCUUCAACAACACAGUUCAAAAGCAUCAAUUCUUCUGCGCUCAGCUUUCUUUAUAGUCCAACUCUCACAUCCAUACAUGACUACUGGAAAAACCAUAGCUUUGACCAGACAGACCUUUGUUGGCAAAGUAAUAUCUCUGCUUUUUAAUAUGCUGUCUGGGUUGGUCAUAACUUUUCUUCCAAGGAGUAAGCGUGUUUUAAUUUCAUGGUUGCAGUCGUCAUUUACAGUGAUUUUGGAGCCCCCCAGAAUAGUCUGUCACCGUUUCCCCAUCUAUUUGCCAUGAAGUGAUGGGACCAGAUGCCACAGGAUUGCAAAGAGCUGGACGUGACUGAAGUGACUGAGCAUGCAUGCUUAGACAUGGAGAAGGAAAUGGCAAACCACUCCAGUAUUCUUGCCUAGAAAAAUUCCAUGGACAGAGUCUGACAGGCUACAGUCCUUGGAAUUUCGAAUAGUCAGAUGACUUAGUGGCUAAACAGCAAUGCUUAGACAUACUGAAUUCCAGUAUAUCCACCUGGUUGAAAAGCUAAAUUACAUAGGCAAAUAUUACUAUUUUUCUUUAGUGUUCUGGAAUUACUGAGUAUAUGCUAUGUUCCAUGUUUUAAAAUUUCAAGUAGCAAUCUCAAAGUUCAUUUUGUUUCUUUAGCUAUGAUUCUAGCUAAGACUUUGGUUACAGGCUUUCAUCAAUAGCUUACUUUUUUUCUAUAGUUCACACAUUAGAUACUGUUUAGAAGGGUCUUUGUUUUUUUUUUUAGCUUCACACUGUUUUAAAAUAAUAAUGUGUGAAAUAUUUAGGUACAUUAAAAUAUUUUAUAAUUAGGUAAUUUUGCUUACUUUUUGAUACUUAGGUGACAAUGCUGUAUACAUUUAGAGGUUGCCAAUUAAAAACAUUAAUAAAUAAAAAAUAAGAAAUAACAUUAAUCUAAAACAAAGAGAUUUAUACAUUUAAAUUAAUGAUAUAUUCAUAUAUUUUGUAUAUGUAAAGUUGUUACUUUUAAUCAACAUAUUUGUAAGCAUAUAUCAAACUUUAUAAACCUUUCUGUAAUUUUUUAAUGAGUAGGAAGAUAUAAUCUUAUUUGUUUCAUGUGAGUGUUAUUUGAACUAUUGUUAUUUAUUUAGUAAUUCUAAAUGCACGUGUGUGUAGACUGCUUUAAUUUAGGAAAUAAAAAUCAAGUUAUUUAAAUAAUUUUUUUUAAUCUGACUGCCAAGGAGUUAUGCAAUAUAUUCUUUUUUUUAUGCAAUAUAUUCUUAAUGAGAGGUAUAAUACUUCCAUUCUUAUCCACUUUCUUUUAACAAAAUAUGUCUUUGUGACAUUAUGAAUUGUAGAUAUUUUACUUCAUAAACGUGAGAGAACCAGAUGGAAUUCUUAAGAGAUAAAAGUAAUAUUACUAUUAAGUAUUAAAAAUUAUUUAUCUUGUCUAAAUCUUUGAGUUAAACCAAAUUAAGGUAAAAUGUUAAUAUAUUAUGAAUUUUAAAAAAUCAGGUGUUCUUAAUUAUUUUGAAUCAUAAAAGUGCUAAUGGGAGCAAAAAGCCAUGUAAGUUGUCUUUUUUUUUUUUUUGCCACUAACAAGUUGUAUUACCUUGAAUUUAUCCUUAAUCUCUAAUGAUGGAACUUAACACUAAACACAUACCUACCUCACAAAAAUAUGUAUGAGUAUCAGAGAUCAUUUGGCACUUUAUUAACUCAAAUAGUGUGCUUAAAAUUUCAAUUGAAAUUGAUUGGAAAUCAAAAGUUGAGACAAAGGUUAUUGCUAGUUUUGAAAAAAGUUAAGCUGUUAAUAAUUUGCAAUGUAUGCUGUGGUGAUAGUUCCUUUCUCUAAAAAAUAUCUACCAUAGAAAUAUUAAAAUAUAGGUAGGAAUCAAAAGGCUACAGGCCAAUCACAUUCACUCCAUAGAGAAAAGAAAAUUCUAUAUGUAGGAUGUGAAACAGGAUACACGUAUUCAUCUACUUAGUUGCUUAUGUGUUCAUUGUCCCUCUCAGCCAGUGGUUCUCCAUGGGGCAACUUUGCAUCUCAGGUGACAUUCGGAAAGAUACGGGAUACAUUCUUGGUUGUCACAGCCAGUGAGGAGGUGCUACUGGGUUCUAUUGGAUAGAACUCAGAGAUGCUGCUAAAUGCUCCAUGAUGCACAGAGCCGCCAUCUCCUCCACAGCAAAAGAUGAUCCUGCCUCACAUAGCAAUAGUGUUGAGUUCAAGAAAUCCUGCCCUAGAGGCUAAGGCUGAAAUCUUGAUUUUCCUGAAGUCGCAUACAUUGGCUAUGUUCCUUUAGGAAAUGGCCUUGACUUAUCUAUCUGAUUAUUCUCAUCUACAGGUGAGGAUAAAGUAUUCUAGCAUAUGGAACGUUAUGAUGCAGAAUAAUAACCAUAUGUUUUCCACAGCAUUUUGAAAAUAUUAAGGCCUGUAGAAUUGUGAAUAAAUAUGAAAACAACUCUUAUGAGAGAGUUUCAUUUUGCAACAUGGUUUUCAAUAUUAAUGUGCACUAGGAUAAAGGAAAUAUUAAUAUAUGAGUAUAAAGGUUUUAUAAUUUUGUUUUAUUUAUGAUAACUCCAGAAAGUAUAGAAAAUGAGUGUCUGUCCACAAUGUAGGUAACAUGGGACAGGGAUGCGGUUGAGAUGGAGGAAGUAGCUCUUUGUAUUGAUCCUUAUAGGAAAUUCUGAGUUUCAUCCAAUAAUGAUUGUUGAUACAGAGUCAGCUAACUGCAUGACCCUUUAGUUACUGAAGAUUUGCUGUAUAAUUUAAUAACUGUAAAAUUCACUUUCACACUUAGUCCCAUGCCCAUUGUGAAAAAACUUCAGGAGAUUGAACAUUAUAAUGUAAAAACAUGAUUGCAUUUCUGAUAUUUCAACUUGCUGAUUAAACUCUACAAGUGUCUGCAGGUGUCUGUUCUUAUAGACUAAAUGUCGAAUUGAAUAUAAUUAAUGUUAUCUGCUUUUACGGAAAGUAAUUUCCACCCCACCACACAA